AUGAAGCCGUCUUAAUUCCUCUAUUCAGAAUCGAUUAAGGAGCAGAAGGCUCAAAAGGCAAAUGUCACAAAAGUAAAUUAAGGAAUUGAUAAAUUUUAGUCGAUUGGAGAGUUGAAACCUUUGCCUAAGACAGCCAAUGUUCCAAAGGAUUAAAAUUCAUCAAUGAUAUACUCUUUAGUGAGUUUACCAGUGUAAGAGACAUAGUUAAUUUAAUAGUAAAGAAGGACAGAAUGACACUGUUGUAUUCCCAUAAUCGUUAAUAUCUUAAUCUAUGAAUAUUAAGCCAUAAGUAGUAGUUGGCAAAAACACUGAGAUAGCUAGAAGCCUUAAAAAACUAAAACCAUUAGAUAGUUUAGAUGCUACUCCUGAAUCAGCAAAACCAGGUACAGGAAAGGGAGUUAGUGGAGAAUAAUAAUUAUAAGGACCCAAGUUGUAAGUUUAUUUAAAGUCAUUAAAUUAAUUAACAAAUGGUCAAUUCAAGAAGACACAAACACAAUUGUUAUUUGGAUCAAUUGAACCUAAACUUAAUAAUAAUACUGUGUUAUGUGUAUUGCGUAUCCAAAAACUUAAAUUUUUUAAUGAAUACAAUUAAAAGAAUGAAAAAGUAUAAAUUAAUUAUAUCUAUAAGAUUCCAUCGUUAUUUUGUUGGGAAGCCAUUUAUAGAAAGAAAAGUUUAAUGAAGACUACUCCAAAAGAAUUUGAUGCAGCAUAAUAAGAUCUAUUAGAUUUUGUCUAUACAAGAAAUGCUUAUGAACCAGUGGAUAUCAUUUUAUGGAAAAUCAAAAACAAUGACGAAGUAAGAUAUGUUUUUAUUUUAUAAGAAAUAUGUUGGUUAAUUUGAUCUAUCUAAUAACGAUUAUCAAAAUGCUAGAGAAAUUCUUGAUUUCAAAUCUAAGAUUAUUUGUGAAACUUAAAUUGAAAAGGAAAUGUUUAAAACCAUGAAAUAGACAAAAUCUUAUAUUGGUAAUGUUUAAUUUUAAUUAAUUUAACUUGGUCAUGAAAAGAUUCCAUUAAGUAUCAAAUUUUAAUAUUAUAUUAAGAUAAACAUUCUGGCAUUCCAGGAUCACCAAAAACAGAAGAAGAAAAAGCAAGACAUAGAAUCAUUGAUGCUUCAAUGUCAGGAUAAGAAUACAGAUGGUAUGUGGAUGAAAACAAUAAAUUUGUUAUUGAGAAGAUUGAUAAGGUUACUUAAGAGAUUGUUGCUGAAUGUACAAUUGAAGUAGUUAGUGAUGAAUGUGGAUAAUUACUUGUUAUUUAUGAAACAAAAUAUACAGAUCCAGAUAAUUAUGGAAGAUCCAGACCAACAUCAAGAUAAAUGAGAAAAUAACAUGCUGAUGCUUCAAUGGUAUUGAUUAAAGAGUUAGAUAAAAAUGGUUCAUUUACUGAAGUUCAAGCAAAUAUAAGAAAUCUUAGUAGACAAGGAAGAUUAACUAGAAAAGUAAUUGAAGAAGCUUUAUGUACUAUGGGUUGUACUGCUAAUUAAUUAUUAUUGACUGAAUGUUCAGAAUUUGGAGAUUGUUUGAUGGAUUUUUUACUAGUUACAGAUGAUUUACCAGGUGUAUUGGAGGCUAUGUAAGAGUUAAAAAUUAUUGGAGAAGAAGAUAUGAAUUUAGAAAGCUUUUCAAAUAAUAUAUUUUAAAAUAUUGGUUAACAUUUAAGAAAGAAUACAAAUCUAAAAUCAGUUAUUCAAUUUAUUAAAGCAUUAGAAAAGAAACCCGAAGUUGCAUUAUUAAUAUAAAACUAUUCUUAUGCAUCUGAAAAUAUAUUAUCUAAUACUCCACCCUUUUUAUAAAGUAUUAUUUACAUUAAUAUAUUUAGAUUUCGAUCCUAAAAAUUAUGAACAUGUUAUGGUAUUAAGUAAAUUAAAUAAAAUGAUUGAGAAGUUUUAAAUUAAUACUAAAUUCACAAGAGCUUUAAAGAAAGCACAUGUAGAGGCUAAGAAAUAAAUAUAUUUUGAAAUUCCAUGUUUUCCAAAAGAUAAAGAUUUAGAUGAUAAAUCAGAAUCACUUUAGUUGAAAUCGAUUGGAUAGAAUAUUAUGCAUGAAGUUGUAAGAAGAUAAAAGUGGAAUAAGAGUCAUAUUAUCUUUGAAAACUAUUCUGAAUGGUUCUUUGUAGCUGAUGAAUAAGGAAAUACUCCAUUUGCUAGAAUGAUGGAAACAGCUCCUUUUGAUGUUAUCAAAUCACUUUUUGCUGCUUAUCCUGAUUAAUUAUAAAAUAUCUUUAAUAAAUUUGAUCCAAAUUAAGAUUUAUUUGAAGGUAGAGUUCCAAAAAAAGAUGAUCAAAAUAAUAAUGGAGAAGGAGGAAAUGAUGGAAAUGAUGGAAAUGAUGGAGGUGAUGAUGGUAAAAAAUAAAAAAAAGAAAAAGAAGAAAAUACAGAAGAUUAAUUAUAUUAAAAAGGAAAAGAUAAUGCAAUAAGAAGAAACGCAUUUAGUUGGGUGAAAGAACAAAAAGAAUAUAAAAAAAAUUUAAUCCAUUGCUUAUUAUUAAAUCCAGAUUUAAACUAAGUUGAUUUAUUAGAUCUUUUAAGAAAUAUUGAAUUAUUGGUCAAUUAAUCUUAAGAAUCCAAUUUUGAAACUCUAAAAGCUCAAAAAUUAAGAGCUGGAGAUUUUACUCCAUUAGGAUUGUACUUAGAAUUAUUGAGAUCAAAAUGCAAGAAGAAAUUGGAUAGAGUUUAAAGGGAAAUAGGAACAUCUUUGUUUAUUUGUUAAAUGUUAACUCCUAAUAUUGAUGAAGAAGAGAAUUAAUAAUAAUAAGAAGGAUAAGAAUAAUAAUAAGAAUAAUAGAAACCAAAAUCAUCAUUUGUUUGGAAUAGCUAGAAUCAAUUAAUUAUAUCAUAAAUAAUUGGUAAAUUACCAGAAACAUUAUUCCAAUAAUUUGAUGAUUUAUUUAGAUUUAUUAAAUGGAUUCCCUCUUUAGAAGAAUUAAAAUAAAUUAGAUAUAUUAAUUUACCUUAUCGUCAAUUGAUCAAACAUAAAUAAUAAUAAAAGUUAUUUGCAAUCUUAUAACAAAUGUAUGAAGAUGUUAAAUAAAAUUAAAAUUAUGAUCCUGCAGAUUUAGAAUCAGAUUAAUGUUAAAAGAUCUUUUAUACCAUUUAAAUUUGGACAUUAAUGCUAAUGGAAAUUAGAAAUCUAAGAUCUUAAAGAUUAGAAUAAGUAGCUACACAAUUAUUAACAUAUUUAAGAGAGUUUACUUAAUAAUAUAUAGAAUUAUUAGUUUAGCCAAUGCCAACUAAUAUAACAUCUUCAUAUUAUCCAUUAUCACAUUAAUAUAAUGCUUAUCCAAAAACUAUUCUUGAAUUCUUUAAUGCUAUUAAGUUUAAUAUUUUAUUAACAGAAAUACCUGUUUAAAGUUUAGAUAAGUUAGAUGUUAAAAAUUUAGCAUCAGCAAUUAAUAGUUGUAAAGACAAAGAACCUUUAAGAGAUUUGAUAAGAUUGGUACUUACUAAAGAUACAGAAAGUGAAGGUACUAAAAAUGAAGGUGCAGAAAAUGAAGGUGCAGAAGCAUAAGAAACAGAAAAAGUUUAUAAACGCAAAGUAUUUGAAUUAAUUGUUGAUCCUAAUGUGAUUUUUAAUGAUAAAGAUGGAAAUUAUAAAAAUGAACUUGAUAAAAAAUAGGUGGAAUAGUUAUUGUUAACUUAUAAAGCUGAAAAAAUAUUACCUUUAGCAUGUUAAAGUACAGAUGAAUUUAGUAAAAAUGUUCAUGGAAUUAUUUUAAAUUCAUUUUAAACUAGAAAAUCUGUUGGUGUUACUCAAUAAUAAGUUGCUUUAUGGAUUAGAAAUAAUGAUUAAAAGAUUGAUUCAAGAUUGAAAUAAAAAUAUAUUGAUUUCUUUAGAUAAAAUAUGUCUAUGUAAUAGGUUCAUACUUUGAUUGAUCUUGAUAUUCCAAAACCUAAUAAAACUUAUCCAAAUUAAAGCAAGAUAUAUCCUUAUAUUUAAGCAUAAGGUAAAAAUUGGGCAUCAAUUUUGGAUGUUAGAAGAUUUAUUGCUGCUAUAAAAGAUAAUAUAUAAUAUAUUGAUAUUGAAAGUACUUUAAGAUCAGUUGCAUUAAAUGGAUAACAUGAAAAAUUAGAAUAGGUUUUACCAUAUGUUAAAGAUGCACAAAUCAUUAGAUAAACUAUCCAUUUAGUUUCUAAAGUUGCUAAUAUGCAAAUUUUUAACUUUGCUGGAUAUCUAUAAUUAGGUAAGCCUAAUAAGCAAGCACCAAAAGAUUCAGAAGAUCCAUAAGAAUAGAAUGUUGAAAGUGAUAAUAAUAAACCAGAUGAUGGAGAUGGGGAUGGUCCAUAAAUAGCUUCUAUAUAAAGUUAACCAGAAUCAAGAAAAUAGUAAUAAAGUUAAUAAAAGAAAAAAGAAACUGCUUAAGAAAACGAAGAUAAGUAUUUAGGAGCUAUCUUUGACUUUUCUGUGAAAUGUUAUGAUCCAACAGUUUAUUUCUUUAAGACUGCUAUAAAGGAAAAGAAAGAGAAACAUAAAUUAGAUAUUCCGAAGUUUCCUGAAGCUUUGGAUUAAAUAAGAACUCCAGUUUCUAUCUAAUCAUAAUUAGUUGAAAUGAAUCAAGCUAUUUAAUUAGAAUUUGAUGACUUUUUCAGAACUCAUUUACCUAAAUGUGAAAGACUAGAUAUUAAAAAAUUUGAGUCUAAUUUUGAAAAAGAUAUAUUAAUGUUUAGAUAUUUGAAAAAUUGGAAAUCUACAUUAACAAGAUAGAAUCUAAGAUCUGUAUUUACUUAAUAUGAUUAAGGAACUGGUUAAUAAUCAUAUAAGAAAGUCUUAAAUUAAUUACUUAAACAAUAUUAAAGGUAUGGUAUGCCUAUAUGUAAUACUUUGGAAGAGUUUCGUAGUACUUUAGAAGUCUUGAUGAUUUAUGGAAUUUAAAAUAUGGAUUAACUCUUAUUUUAAGUAGCUUCAAGUAAAUUGAGUCCUACUGAUAAAAAUAAUAUAUUCCUUAAUUUAAUUUAAAGAGUCAUUAAUCCUUAAAAAGAAGUUCUGGCCUAACAUUAUCAAAUUAAAAAUGCAAAUAUUUAUUUACAAUAAAUUAAUAGGAUUAUCAAAUCAGUUAAUAUUAAAUUGAUAUCAACUGAAGAAGAUGUUGAAAGUUUCAAAAAUAAAAUCUUGUUUGAAAUUAAAAGAACUAUGAAAUAUUUAAAACCAGAUAUGGUAAAUGAUCAAAAAGUCUUAAUUUUUAAAUUAGCAAGUGAAGUAUUACAAAGAUUUGAUUAAUUGGAUAUAAAAUCUUUAUUUGAGGAAUAGUUGAUUGAUAUAGCGAAACUUAUCAAAACUAGAUAACUUAAAGAUAAAGCAUUAUAAACAUUUGCAGUUAAAUAUAUUAAAAACAGUGAAGAAAUUAAGAAAAAUUCUAGACCCAGUCAUAAAGAUAUAAUUGCAUCAUUCAAAAAGAAAAGAUUGGAUGAAGUAUUAUCAACAAAUGAUAUAACAAGUUAUUUUGGAAACUACACAGAUGCUUAAUGUGAAGAGAUUGUAACAGAAUUAUUUAAAUUACCUUAUGAUAAAACUUACAGAGAAGAAUUAUUAGGAAAAUUCAAUAGGAGAUUAUUUGAAGGUCUAAUUUUCUAUAAGAGAUUUAGAACUUAUACUAGAUUGAUAAAUGAUAUAUUAUUCAAAUAAUUAUUGAAAGGUAAGGAGGAUUUACUCAUUUAAAUGUUGAAGUAGCAUUCUGAUUAAUCUGAAUAAGUAAAGAAGUAAGCUAGUGAAAAAGUGAACGAGAAUGAAAAAGGUGAUGCUUAAAUAGAAACAGUUUAAGCAAAAGCAGAUAAUGAAGAUGGAGAAGGAGAAUAAUUACCUGAUGGAUAAGAAAAAGAAGAUAUAAAAGAAUAUUCAAUAGCUUAAAUUGCUGCUCAUUUUAGUUUUUAUGAAUAUUUUGAUACUUUACAUAGAUUAAGAAUAAAAGUAAAAAGUAUUGAACCUUAACCUUCAAUUAGAUUCCUGUUAUAAACUAAUGAAUAGCUUUUACAAUUAGCAACUCAAUUUGAAUAAUAGGGAUAUAAUUAUAUAAGUAAUUGUGUAAGAAUGUUAAGAUAUUUGAGAUUGAAUCAUUAUAAUUCAGAUGAGUAAUCAAACAAAUUAGAAAGUGAACUUAUGAUCGGUUUUAUUACAGAGAAUGCAAAUAACAUAAUGAGUCCAUGUUUAAACAUUAUUAAAGAAUAUUUAUUAUUAUCAGAGCAUUAAGCUCCAUUUUGGUAGAAUAAGAAUACAGGAAGAUAUUAGAGAGAUAGAUAAGCUCCUUAUUAAAGAUUUAAAAAUUCUUAUAAAGGAUAGAGGGCUAAAUAGAUUUUGUAAUAUGAAUUAACUAGAUUAAAAAUAAAUGGUAUAGAGAGAGGAGUGAAAUUCUGUUUCCCAUCAACUUAUCAAUCAGAUAGUAGUAAUAAUAUUUCAAGUGAAGAUAUUCGUAAAACAUAAGUUAAGAGACCUACUUUUACGAUUGAUUAAUAUGUGGAACAUUUAUAACCUAAAAAUCCUUAAAGAUUAGAUAAUUAAAUAGUAAAUGAUCCUGAGUUUGGAUAAUUGUUAAAUAAAUUAUUGAUACCAAAUAAAUAAUUAGAAUUUUUAAUAGACAAAGUAGAUUUUAAAGAGAAUUUAUAGAAAUUAAUAUAUAAUGAUCAUGAAAUGUAUUAUUAUGUAUUGAAUUUCCCAAUGUUUUGGUAUGAAGAGAAAUUAAAGAAAGAAAAUUAAAUAUUUACUGGAUUGUUUUAAGAAUUUGAGUUAGGUUUAAUAUUUUUGAAAUCUACGCUUUUAUUAGAACCAAAAUAAAUAGAAUAAGCAUUGGAUGUAUAUUUCGAAUCAAUAAAAGAGUUUGUAGUAUAGAUUGAUUAAGGAGAAGGAGAGGAAUAAGAAGAAUUAAAAUAAGUUGAAUAAGAAGAGAGUGAAUAUGAAGAAUAUGAAGUUGAAGUGACAGAUGAUGAAGAAGAUUAAGAAGAUAAUUAAUAAGAUAAAUUAGAUGAAGCAUAAGAACCUCCUCAAUAAGAAACAUAAGAGAAAUAACCAGCUAAUAAUGGAUUGGUUAGUGUAUAAUAAGCAGAUGAAGGACCAGGUGCAGAUGAAAAUAAAGAAGAAUAAUAAUAAUAAUAAGAUGAUGGUGCACCUAGAGCUCGUGGAGUUGAAGAUUAACCAAAAAUAGCUUAAGCAAGAGUUUAACCACUAGCAUAAUAAGCUCCUGUUGCAUAAUAAGCAUCUGCUGAGUAAAAACCUAAAGUUAAGAAAACUAAAAAAAUUAUGUAAAGAAGAAAGAAGUAAAAGGGAACCAAAGAAUAAAAAUUCGUAGAAUCUGAAAAGAGUUUAAGAAAAGCUAUUAUUACUGAAUGUAAUUAUUAAGUUAGAUUCCAAAUCUUUUUAUAAUUGCUCUUAUUUGCUACUACUAAUGAAGAAACUUUCAGAUUAAUUCAAAGAUAUCUAAUUCAUUAUGAAUCAGUUAGUCCAUAAUCUAUUCCACUAGAAAUUGAUCCAGUUAGAAAAGCUAGAUUGAUAAAAGAUGGAUUUAAAGAACCAUUUAAUCUUUAAUUUAUUGAAUAAGUUGAAUUAAAGGCUAAAGAAUUAAAAUAAUAAUAAAUUGAAGAUAUUAAACAUAUUAAAGAUGUAUUAACUUAAAAUGAAAAUAAAAGACAUGCUGAAUAAAGUGAAGUUUAUUAAGUUUUAAUCUCAUCUAUUUUAUAAACUCCAUUUGAUGGAUAUUAAACUUAUAUUGAUAAAUUAUUAGAUUGUCCUGCUUAUAGAUGUUUAUCAAGAUAUAAGAAAUCUGUUGUAUCUCAUUCAUUAGAAAAAGAUUAGAAAUUAUAAGUAGAAUUAAAGAAAUUCUGUAUAUAGACAGAAAAGAAAUAGUUGAGUGCAGAUUUCUUAUAAAAGUUCUUUGAAAAUAAUAGAACUAAUUAAAAUUAGGGAUCAUUCACUAACGAUAAAUGGAUUAAUGUUAUUUGUAUUCUGAACUAUUGUAAAUAAAUACUCAAUCAAAUUGAUAAAUUUGAAAGUGAUGUAGAAUUUGCCAGAUAAAAGAUUAAUUCUAAUAUUAAUCCAAUGUCAUAUUAUAAAGAUGAAAGAAUGGUAAAUCCUUAAUUUACUGUAAAUACUUAAUUCAGCUUUAAAUUUAAAGUAUCUAAUAAAUUAGAACCCAUUGUUUAUGAAUAUAAAAAAGAAGCUGAUGAUAGUAUGCUUGAUGGUGAUUAUUUACACAACUUCUUUUUUGAAAUCACUUAUAAUAUAUAGAAAGGUACUAUACCAAAUAAUCCAUAUCCUGUGGCAUAAUUAUAAUAAAAAUAUGUCGAAGAAGUAGUUAAAACUAUCGAGGCUAUUUAUUAUGAUAAUUACAUAAUUCAUAUAAAUAACUUAUGUUAAUAUCCUGAAUUUAAAGUUGCUCAAUUGAGUGGAUCAGAUAAUAUAGAUUAUAUCUAAUUAAAAUCUAAAUUAACUAAGGAAAAUUUCAGAGAAUAUAGAGAAUUACAUUAUUGUAAUAAUUUUUACUUAGAUUAAACUAUUCAAAAUCUAGAAAUUUAUAAUAAUCUAUUGCAAGAUAAUCAAGAAGUUAAUUCCUUAAAGAUACUCAAAGAAUUAAGGGAAGGUAUAGUUUUAACUGAAAGUGGUGACAGUGAAGUAAAAGUACGCAUCUGUGAAUAAGAUUGGUUAUUAUAUAGUUCAAGAAUCAGACCAGACAUCAAAUUGAAGUAUUAGGAUAAAUUAUAUCGUAAAUAAUUAAAUUAUAUAUUUUAGCUGUUCCUUACAGUAACUAUUAACCAAGAUAAAGAAAUACUUAAUAUAAAUAAAGCAUUUAAGUUGAUUAAUCAUUCCCAGAACUAUUUCCAAUUGUUAAUUUAUAAGUUUAUUAAUAUAUUCCUGAUGUAAUGACAGAUGAACAAUUCAAUUAAAAAUAUGAUCAAUUAUCUAUCAUUUAAUAAGCUUGUGUAAGAAUUAUAUAUAAAUUUUAGUAUGAUUUGAAUUCAUAUGCUUAAUCUUUGGAUGAUUUCCUCACUCAAUCACCUAGUGAAGAGGAAUUAUAAAGCUUAAGGGAUGUUGCCCCAUAAAUAGUAUCUUGGCCAUUAAUCAGAAGUAAAGUAAAGAGAGAAAAAGGAUUUACAGAAGAAUAUAAAUUUGUUCAUUCACCAGAAGCUCAUCCUCUUUAUAUGAUAGAAUACUUAUUUAAAGCAGUCUAAUUAUAAUUGGAUCAUGCACUCAAAUUCACAUUCAAUGUUUUAUCCUUUACUGAAAUUAUCUUAUUCAAAUUGACUAGAAUCCUUUAAUAAACAACAGGAAAAAGUAAAUUUAAAUUUAAAUUAUUUUUAGGAUGCAAAUUGUCAACUACAACAAGUAUAUUAAGUGAAUGGGCAUUAUUAAAAAAGAUUCUAUUAAAAAUUGGAGAUAUGAUAUUAGAAAAUGAAUUAGAUAAAUUUAGAUUCUAUUAUGUAGAAAUUAAUGAAGUUCAUUAAAAUUCUGUAAUAAUUUAAUAAUUAUAUAAUAAUAGGUCUUCUCCAUAAAAUCAAAUAAAUUAGAAGGAAUGGAUGCUAUAUUUAGAUUUGGUUAGACUUAAUUCUUUGUUCAUUCAAAUGUUUUGAUUAUUAGAUUAAAUGUUGCAGUGGUUUCAGAGAAUGCUUCUUCUUUGAUUAAUUAAAAGAAUGCAAAAUUAAGAGCAAAUGAAUUAUGUCCACUUCUAUUUAAGGAAGAUAAAGAACUUAGAGUAAUAAAUAAAAUAAAUAUAUUUUAGGGAUAUAUGAAUUACAUAAUAACCUUGGAGGAUAUGCUUAAGUAAAUAUUUACCAAAAAGUGAU